AUGGAUACGUAUAGACGAGCCCGAGGCCGCGGACGCCCCGAAGAGAACCAGUCGUACGUGACCGGGGUGGCGCAGCUGAGCACGCCGCCUCCUACGAUGAGGCAGCCGGAGGCAGCGAGGAACAGCGACCCCUUGGUGAACUUCCGAGGACAACAGGUCUACCCGAGCGGGGUAGACCUGUUCUCCCAGGGAGACGGUGUAUUAGGUUUGCCUGACCAGGUUUUGGUAGCAGGAGGGGGUUUUCUGUGUGAGCAGCUGCUGGAAGCUUCCCCCAUUUCCAACAGAGCCAAGGCCAGCUGGUACAAGGAUUGCCUAGACGUCUCAGUCAGUCUCUUAGCAGUCGUCGUCAGCUUCUGUGGGCUCGCUUUGCUGGUGGUCUCGCUUUUUGUCUUUUGGAAGCUGUGUUGGCCGUGCUGGAGGAGCAAACCUCUCACUUCCAGUGCCAGUAAUGUCCCACAGAGCAACUCCAGUGCUCCUACAGAGGUUUUGGAGAACAGCGAGAAAAAGGAAGUUAAAGAGAAUGGGAAAGCUACAACCAAAGUACUUGAAGCCGCACUGAAAAUCAGCCACACUUCACCUGAUAUACCAGCAGAGGUCCAGAACGCGCUGAAAGAGCACCUGAUCAGACAUGCGCGGAUGCAGAGACAGAUCACCGAGCCCACAUCCUCAUCAAGGCACAAUUCUUUCAGGAGGCACUUGCCAAGACAGAUGCAAGUGUCCAGUGUUGAUUUUAACAUGGGGACAGACCCAGUUCUGCAAAGGGGAGAGACCACAACUAGCAUUGGGAGAAUAAAACCAGAACUCUACAAACAGAAGUCUGUGGAUUCCGAUGGGCAACAAGAAGAUGUGAAAACAUGUGGAAAACUUAACUUCACUCUCCGGUAUGAUUAUGAGAAUGAACUUCUGGCUGUCACAAUUGUCAAAGCCUUAGAUCUGCCUGCUAAAGACUUCACAGGAACAUCUGACCCCUACGUUAAGAUUUAUCUGCUUCCAGAUAGGAAAAAGAAGUUUCAGACACGAGUUCACAGAAAGACAUUAAAUCCUGUCUUUGAUGAAACCUUUCAGUUUCCUGUAGCCUAUGAUCAACUCAGUAACAGGAAAUUGCAUUUCAGUGUUUAUGAUUUUGACAGAUUUUCUAGACAUGACAUGAUUGGGGAAGUUAUUCUUGAUAACCUUUUUGAAGUCUCAGAUCUCUCCAGGGAAGCCAAUGUAUGGAAAGACAUCCACUGUGCCACCACAGAAAGCAUAGAUUUGGGUGAGAUCAUGUUUUCCCUUUGUUAUUUGCCUACUGCUGGAAGAAUGACUUUGACAGUCAUCAAAUGUCGGAAUCUCAAAGCAAUGGAUAUAACUGGUGCAUCAGAUCCAUAUGUCAAAGUGUCACUGAUGUGCGAGGGACGGAGACUGAAAAAGCGGAAAACAACCACAAAGAAGAACACCCUGAAUCCCGUUUAUAAUGAGGCCAUCAUCUUUGAUAUCCCUCCAGAGAACGUGGACCAAGUCAGCCUCUCCAUUGCAGUGAUGGAUUAUGACAGAGUAGGGCACAAUGAGGUCAUUGGAGUAUGCCGGACAGGAAUUGAUGCCGAAGGCCUUGGAAGAGAUCACUGGAAUGAAAUGUUGGCUUACCCACGUAAACCAAUAACUCACUGGCACCCAUUAGUAGAGCUACCUGGCCGAGCAACCAGUUUUGAUAGCCAGGGAUCCUGCUCCUCACCCAAACCACCACUUACACCCUAGGGAGCAAGAGUGGAU